CUUUUGGUAUUCUUUUGGCUCUAAGUUUUGAAAUGUUGAAAAAAUGAGCAGGGCAGAAAAGGUGUGUCUUUCUUUGUUAAGCUACUGCAAAACACUUGUAAACCUCAACCAAAUCCACGCCUUCGUUUACAAAUCCGGCCUUGAGACCAACCCACUAAUCGCCGGAAAACUCCUAAUACUUGGUGCCCUGCAAAUUUCUGAUGCUAUUGAUUACGCUCGCCGUCUGCUCAUACACUAUCCAAACCCAGAUGUGUUCAUGUACAACACCCUCAUCCGAGGUGAAUCCGAGUCAGACUCACCCAAGAAUUCAGUCAGCACAUUCAUUUACAUGCUACGACAAUCAUAUUCUCCUCCUGAUAGUUUCUCCUUUGCUUUUGUACUCAAAGCAGCGGCUAAUUUACGGUGUUUAACAACUGGGUUUCAGCUGCAUUGUCAAGCUAUGACUCGUGGGCUUGACACCCAUCUCUUUGUUGGGACUACAAUUAUUAGUAUGUAUGCGGAAUGUGGGUUUGUUGAGUUUGCUUGGAAGGUGUUUGUUCAAAUACCUCAACCAAAUGUUGUGGCGUGGAAUGCAAUACUUACAGCGUAUCUUCGAGGGAGUGAUGUAAGUGGUGCAGAUAAAGUGUUUGGUUUAAUGCCGUUUAGGAAUUUGACUACUUGGAAUGUGAUGCUGGCAGGGUAUACUAAAGCAGGGGAGCUUGAACGUGCACAGGGGUUGUUCUUGCAGAUGCCAAGUAGAGAUGAUAUUUCUUGGAGUACUAUGAUCGUUGGAUUUUCUCAUAAUGGUUGCUUUGAUGAGGCGAUUCGGGUAUUCAGGGAGUUGGUUGGGAGUGAAAGUAAGCCCAAUGAAGUGAGCUUGACGGGUGCUUUAUCUGCGUGUGCUCAAGCUGGGGCGUUUAAGUUUGGGAUGGUAUUACAUGCAUAUAUAGAGAAAGUGGGGUUGGUUUGGAUAACUUCUGUGAACAAUGCACUCUUGGAUACCUACUCCAAGUGUGGAAAUGUGUUGAUGGCUCGUCUUGUCUUUGAGAGAAUGCUUGGGAAGAAAACCAUCGUUUCUUGGACUUCUAUGAUCGCAGGGUUUGCAAUGCAAGGAUAUGGUGAAGAGGUGAUAAAAUAUUUUCAUGAGAUGGAAGAAUCUGGGACCAGACCUGAUGGGGUCACUUUUAUUUCAGUACUUUAUGCAUGUAGUCAUGCUGGUUUAGUUGAACAAGGUCAUGAGCUAUUCAGUAAAAUGACAGAAAUUUAUGACAUUGAACCAACUAUUGAGCAUUAUGGUUGUAUGGUUGAUUUGUAUGGUAGGGCUGGUCAGCUUCACAAGGCAUAUGAUUUUGUGGUUCAAAUGCCAGUUCCACCCAAUGCAGUUAUCUGGCGAACACUUCUUGGGGCUUGCAGUUUUUUUGGUGACAUUGAAAUGGCUGAGCAAGUCAAGGAAAGACUCUCUGAGCGGGAUCCAGACAAUUCUGGUGACCAUGUUUUGCUGUCCAACAUUUAUGCAUUUGCAGGGAAAUGGAAGGAUGUUGCCAUGGUGAGGAGAUCAAUGACUGAGAAAAAUUUGAAGAAAAUACCAGGUUGGAGCACGAUUGAAAUAGACAAGGUCAUGUACAAUUUUGUAGCAGGUGAUAAACGAAAUGAGAUUACUGAAGAAGCUUAUAAUAAGCUAAGUGAGAUAAUGUUAAAACUUAAAGUAAAAGGUGGUUAUAUUCCAGAGGUAGGCAGUGUUUUGCAUGAUAUAGAAGAGGAAGAAAAGGAAGAUACUGUGUCUAAGCACAGCGAGAAACUUGCUGUUGCUUUUGGUAUGACAAGGUUAUGUAAGGGAAGCACCAUACGAAUUGUAAAGAAUUUGAGGGUGUGCAAAGAUUGUCAUAGUUUUAUGAAGUGGAUAUCUGAAGUCUAUGGAUUAGAGAUUGUGGUUAGAGACCGAAGUAGGUUUCAUUCUUUUAAAGAAAGUUUGUGCUCUUGCAGAGAUUAUUGGUGAGGGAUGAUUUAUGGUCCAAUUGAAUUGGCAAUGCUCUUAUUUUCUGGAUAAACAUGUUGAGUGCAAACAGAAGACCCACAUUUUGGAUGACAUGGAAUCCUCCAUGCUUGCCAUAGAAAUGAAAGAAAAUGGAAAAGAAGUAGUCAAACAUGUCUGUCAACUAAUUGACUUGGAAAAGGCUACUGCAUCAAGAUCCUUACAGAUCUUCUGGUAUGUGAUAUCAGGACUCUGCUUAUUUAAUAACUAAAGCAUAAUGGCCCU